GUUCAGUAGCUACUCUGCAUGUGGCGUUUUUGUGACGCAAAAUUGCUAUUGGGCUGCUAGAAGGCCCAUUAAGUGAGGAGAUUAUAUAAAUGCCCUAAGUCUCGGGAAAAAAAUAAGUGUAGCCGUACUUUGUAAUUUCCUAUAAUGAAGCCGGAAAAUACUAAGAGAAACACCGCACCAAGACGGCGGACCAAUGACGAUGGGUGUUCUCCGUUCAAUCUCAGGUCUCUCAAGCAAGCGAUCGAGGCCAUAGAUGCUGCCAAGGAUAAUUCAAUCAAUCUAUCGUCGUUGUCUGUGGCGUUAUCGGCCGCGAGUCGUGAGAUGAAGCAAAGGGAGAAAUCUCAGCGUAGGCGAGAAACGAGGAAGAGGAGGAAGAAGAAUAAGAAGCUAGUGAUCGGAGCAAAGCCGGAAACGGACGCAGAAUUGCGACGAUGGUUUUCAAACUUCGACAAAUCGUUCAAACUAUCAUUGCCGAUCAGAAAGCUCAACAAUCAUCAUAAAACCUCCAAGGAAGCGCAGAUUUGUGAAUUGAAUACAGAUUUCUCGAUGAAUCACUGCUCUGAAUCCUUUAGACAUUAGGCACAAUGCUUAAUUCUUUUUAGUUUAUAUUCAUUUUUUCUUUUCCUAUUUUAUCAGAUUGUAUCUGUCUUAUUCAAUGAAAUGUUGGAGAUGAUGCAUCUACAUGAAUGCAUGCGUUACGCGAUCAUUAAUAAUAAUGAGAAUACCCUUUUU